AUGGAGGCGGGAACUGCCACGAAGCUCCUGUGGAGAGAAAGGAAGAAGCUGCGGAAAACCACUAAGAAAGGAGGACUUGAGGAUGUUAACCAAUGAAGGCGUGGGGGAUUGCGGCCAAUGAGAGUUGGGGGAGCCCCGGACACGUGGGUCGGGUAGCUGAGCUCUGAGUCCUAGGGCUAAAGCCGGGAGGUGAGUCAGUCACCUUGAGCCGGGCGAGCGCUGUGGUCCUAGCAGGGGCAGCAGGGCAGUGGGAGUGCAGACUGAAAAAAAUGCAGACCACCAGGGCGCUACUCAUUCCUCCUGCUCUGAUCCGCUCUUGUACCAGGGGUCUAAUCAGGCCUGUGUCUGCCUCCUUCCUGAGUAGGCCAGAGAUCCCAUCUGAACAGCCUUCCAACAGCAGCAUCCUGCUCCAGGUGGCCAGGCGGGAGUUCCAGACCAGUGUCGUCUCCCGGGACAUUGACACAGCGGCCAAGUUUAUUGGUGCUGGGGCUGCCACAGUUGGUGUGGCUGGUUCGGGGGCCGGCAUUGGAACAGUGUUUGGCAGCUUGAUCAUUGGCUAUGCCAGGAACCCGUCUCUGAAGCAGCAGCUCUUCUCCUAUGCCAUUCUGGGCUUUGCCCUGUCUGAGGCCAUGGGGCUCUUCUGUUUGAUGGUUGCCUUCCUCAUCCUUUUCGCCAUGUGAGGCUCCAUGGAAGUCGCCUACCCAUCCCUGCUGCUUCGACCCCAGGCCAUGCCCGGUGCUGGAGUGGGCUAAGCUUUACCAUUAAACACAACGUUUCUCUAAA